AUGGUUGACACAACAAAUGUGACUUCAUCUUCCAACCAGACCUGUGAUGCUGUUAACACUUCAGCCUAUCCUUUCUUUAUGCUGGUCUACAGUCUUGUGUCCCUGGUGGGUUUAAGCCUCAAUGGCUUCAUCAUGAAGUUUCACUUUUGUGGAGCACAGCAGCGGACAUCGAGCAGCUUGAAGAUCUACCUGAAAAACCUGACAGCUGCUGACUUCCUGCUCUGCCUCUUUCUGCCACUCCGCAUCGCCCACUAUGCAAGCAGCUCUGUCAUUAUUCGCCAGCUCUACUGUAGUUUUGGAGCUUGUGCCAUCUUUCUCAACAUGUACGCCAGCAUCAUAUUCAUGGGCUACAUCGCUGCCAACAGGUAUCUAAAGAUCGUCCGACCUUUAGGAACUCACAUCCUGCAGACAGUAAAAACUGCCUACAUCAUUUCCAUCAUUACCUGGGUUUUUCUCCUGGUUCCGACUGUGACAUACACCAUCCUGUUUUUCAUCACCCAGAAACCUGUGACCUCUAACCCCAGCUGCUGUGAUCCCUUCAUUAGUGAAUCGAUCAAGCUGUUCUUCACAAUCAUCCACGCUUUGUCUCCCAUCAUCUUCCUCGUGGUCUUUAUAUCCCUGGUCUUCUUCUACUACAGCACCUCCCACAGGGUGUUGCGGGCACAGCAGAGGCAGCUGGCCUCCUCUGGCUCUGAGAAGCUUGUCAGGCCUCGCAGGAACAUGUUGGUGCUGGUCAGCAUCUUCUGUGUUUGCUUUGUCCCCUAUCACCUGGCUCGUCUUCCCUAUAGUCUUCUGUGGAGCAAUGACUCUGUAGGCUCCGUCCUGAACUAUAUAAUGGAGGUGACCACCAUGGUGGCAGUUUUCAAUGUCUGCCUGGACCCUGUUGUUUACUUUUUCCUCUGUAAGUCUUUCCGGGCAAAGGUGAGAAAGGUGUCCAGGACAACCAACAACCAACAACCAACUGAGGAGAGUGAGACUACCAAAGAGCCACUGGACAGUCUUCCAGCAAUGAAGUAA